CAUAAACUGUGUAGUUUUUGAUGGGCGGUUCAUUUGCUUGCGUUAUCAACUGUUGAGAGUAGGUAUCCGUAGUGCAAUUGGAUAAAGUUCAAGACCCCAAGCAAGAUGUCUGCUAGUAUUUCGGACGCUGAGUCGGAUGACUGGAAUGUAGUUUCCGGAGAAUGGCGUUCUUACUUGAAGAGUGAAGACGGUGAUAUCGAUGAUUCCAUCAUCAACAAGGCUAUUGACGAUGCACAAAAUAACGAAGAUGCAUCCGAUGAGGGCAAAGAGAUGCAAGAAGGAACUAAAGAACCAAUCAGCAAUUCCAAAAGCGGACCUGAAUUAGAUAGCGUUGGCUUCAACUUCGAUUCCUUAUCAAACCUGAAGAAGGUAUUAUCGGAGAAACGUUCCACAUUUACAAUUCUGAUAGAAAGCAUUGUUUCGUUACUUUUCUUGUACUAUUCGUACACAUUGGUGCUGGACUAUUUCUACAAGUACAAGAUUAGCAACAUGAUGGGCUCAAUUGAAGAGUUACCGGCUAAUGCCGGGUAUAUUGAGCUACACACAAAGAGGUGCAAUGAGGCUUAUUUUUAUUACCAAGAUGUUUUGGACUCUUGUUUGGAUUCUAACACGGAUGAUGCUUCGUGCUUGGUUUCGUAUAUGAAACUGGUGCAGAAAAAUGCAAAGUUCUGCUCCUGGGAUCCCGAGAAGAUUCACAAACAGCAGCAAUUGCAUGUCGUAUACAAACAUGGGAGAGAGAUUUUGGAGAGAUUGACAGAAACCUCCAUGAAAUUAGUGAACACUGUUGGAGAAAAUGUUAUAGAGAAAGGAUCACAACAAUGGGAAUCGCUGAAGUCUGCUUCACAGAAGGUUGGACCAUAUUAUAAAAUGCAGCUUUUGAGAUUUUCUAGAAAGGAAAAUGAGCUUACAUCUUUUCUUGCCAAAAAGAACAAAGACUUGGACGUGAAAAAGAACCUGGAGAAUUUUGUCAAGGGCGGUGAGAAAGUAGUGGUUGGUACGUACGAAUCUGUAAGGAGGAAUAUACCACUGAUUUGGGAUUCUGCUAAGGAUAAGACGGAAUCUGGGGUACAAUUUAUCAGUGAAUAUAUAAAUAGGGAGAAUGCCAAGAAGGUCUAUGAUGGUGUUUUUGGCGCUUGUGAUAAUGCGAUCAAAAAUCUUCUUGCUCUUUUCUAAGUUUUGAGAGCAAUUAUUAGUUUUGGUUUUUGGUUUCGGUUUUAUUUUGGUUUUGGUUUCUGUUUUUAUUUCUCGUUCUUUUUUUCAGCGUUUAUUAUUAUACUGUUUUUUUCCUUUAUAUGUUGGGU